AUUUAUAAAAUAAAAAGAAUUAGAGACAUUUUCAUCGAUUCAGAAAAUAGUACAAAUAAAUUGUUCUCAAUCAAAAUUGAGAUUGAGUUAAGUAAAAUAGUUUUUCAUAAUGACAGAAUUGUUGAUUGAUCCGAAUAUACGUGUUUGGGUGUUUUUGCCCAUCAUUUUGAUCACAUUUUUGGUCGGAAUCAUAAGACAUUAUGCAUCGAUAUUGAUUUCAUCACAGAAAAAAGUUGAACUAACUCAAAUUCAAGAUAGUCAAGCCAUGAUUCGAGCUCGUUUAUUACGCGAAAAUGGUAAAUACCUGACAGCUCAAUCGUUUGCUAUGCGACGGCAUUAUUUCAACAAUGCCGACACUGGUUAUUUUAAAACACAAAAACGCCAGCCAGUUAGUCCAAAUUCGACCGCAAUGUUAUCGGAUAUGGUGAAGGGGAAUUUCGUUAACGUUUUACCAAUGGUAUUCAUUGGUGGAUGGAUCAAUUGGAUGUUUUCCGGAUUCGUUACGACAAAAGUUCCAUUCCCUCUAACGCUACGUUUCAAACCAAUGCUGCAACGAGGCGUUGAGCUAGCUUCACUUGAUGCGGCUUGGGUUUCUAGUGCCUCCUGGUACUUUUUGAACGUGUUUGGUUUACGAAGUAUUUACACUUUGGUACUUGGCGAAAACAAUGCGGCUGAUCAAACAUCAGCGAUGCAAGAACAAAUGAGUGGAGCGGCCGGUUCAAUGCCACAGGAUCCAAAGGCAGCCUUCAAAGCUGAAUGGGAAGCAUUAGAAAUUACCGAGUACGAAAAUGUAUUACAAAAUGUUGAUUCACAUGUUUACAGUGCAAUCAAUGAAAGUCUGUAGUAUUUGAAACCAUAAUUUCAACAGUUAAUUUAAUUGAAUCGUUUUUUUUGGUACGAUAUUCGCUCUGCGUUUCAUCUAAGUGCAUCAUUUACCAUAAAUCAAUAAGUUGCAUGAUUAAUAAAGAACAAAGAUAGAAAAAGAGAUAACAUAGAAGAGAAUAAAGUUCAAAUGCAUUUAAUUCUUUUAUUUGUAGUAAUCUAAAACCGAAUGAUACCAUAUUA